AUGCCCUCACAAGAGUUCUUCUGGACGAAGCCUCACGCGGGCCGCUCGCACUGCUCCGCGGACGGCAGGGAACGGCGUACUGGAGCAGGGGUGGUUGUCGGCGAGCGCACCAAGAGGACAAGCACAGAGCGCAGGACCCGGUGUCGACGCUGCAUCGAGGCAGCCAUGCCGAUCGUGGCGCUGGCUAUCCUGCACUCUCCUCGCGCCGCCGGGCAAGCUUCCCCGAAGCGCGACCACGACUCUAGCCAGUUGGCGGUCUGCCGGGUUCUGACAAUCAGCCAGACGCGGACAGUCCUGCAGGAGCCACCGGCUUGA